AUGGCGAAGAAGCAGAACCCCUAUGCCAACUUCAUGUCCAAGAAGGACUUUCAUCCGGGCAACUUUUUCAACCUCAAGCGUGUGUGGGAGGCUCAGGAGAACAAAAAGGCCGACAGAAGCAGCUGGCCGACGAGUACGAGCGUGAGCGCCAGCUCUUUGAUGUCAACCAACAAACUCGAGCUCGAUGAGCGCAAGAAGAAACAAGUGGACAUUAGCAAACUCUCCUACGAGGAGCAACGCCAAUUGCCCCUCUCUGAACGCCUCACCGCCCUCAAAGACGCGCCCCGUGAAGACUUUGCCAAACAGCUGCCGGCACGGGACAAGCCCUUUGGUCAGAUGGUGCGCAACGUGCGCUGUCUAAAGUGCGGUCAGUGGGGACACCAAAACGUCGACAACGUCUGCCCACUGUUCAACAAGGCCGCCCCCGGCCUCGAGGCUGAGCAAGCUCGCGGAGAGUUUGAGGACCCUGCCGUCUUGAUGCAGCAGAUGCGAGCGGGAGGUCUGACACUGACGCAACGCGUCCUUGGACCCGUCGGUGACCCCAACGAUCCUUUGCAGGUCCGGCAUUUUGGUCCUUCGGGUGUGCAAGGGGUGCCCAAGACUCGAUCGCUUACAUGUGCAACAUCCACCAUCCGUCUCUCGCAGCAACUGGUCGAGCCGGAUGAUCCAGAAAUGGAGCUGUUGGCUUCGCUGAGCAAGCGCGAAAAGAAGCGUUUGCUGAGACGCUUGGAAAAGGCUGAGAAGCGCGCGCAGCGCUCCGCCAAAGAGGGCGCCGCUUCUGCUCAACACGAAUCCGCCUCCUCCUCCCACGCACACCGAGACGUGAUUCAUCAUGGUGACAACGAUCGCCGCCACGAUCGCCACGAAGCACACCGUGGUGCUGAAUCGCACAGGCAUAAUGAGGAGCGACACGGGCACCGCGACGGCCGACACAGACACGACGACGAGCGACGCAGACACGGCGAUGAUCAGCAUAGACACAGCGAGGAUCGGCACAGAGACGAUGAGGAGCGGCGGAGACACGUGCGGCACCAAAGGCAAGAUUGGGGUGCAGAGCUGGCCAAGGGACAUGAGAGGCAACGAGAGAGCCAUGAUCGCACGCGCAGGCGCCGCAGCCCAGAGCAUGGCGGGAGGCGACGCGACCAUGACCGAUAUCAGCGCGAUCAUGAACGGUACAACCACGACCGGCACGACCGGCACGACCGGCACGACCGGCACGACCGGCACGACCGCACCCGACAUGACCGUGGCCGGCAGGGUGACCCGCCCGCUGCAAGGCAGAGAACCGAAUCUGAUUGGGAAUGA